AUGGGUGAUUUAUGUGUGCUUUUAUCGGACCCUGAUGCUGAGGUGUCGAGCUGGCCGCUGGAGCUCGUCGCGUUAAGAGACAAGAUAUACGGUGACGCGGCCAAAGCGCAGCAGGAGAAAGAGUGUUCGAGUCUUCGCGACGAGUUAUCCGUCGGCGAGGACAAGUGGAAACAGCGUAGGAACGUCAGCUUUGACCAGAACAGACAGCUGGAGGAAGUUACCAAGGAAAGAGAUGACCUUAAACGUGUGGCUGUGAGUCUGCACCGUGUGGUGGGCCAACUGGUGGCGUACUGCGCGAGUGCAGAAGACGAGCUCAACCGAACCGUGCUAGCGCAACUGCUUUCCAGAUUACUACCCGAAGGCGACGAAACGGUCGUAGAGGAGGAAUCUCGUCCCACGACGCCGAACCUGUCCGGCGAUCUGAACAACAGUAUUGUGUCGCGUAGUGGCAAGCACGUGCACUUUGCACCAGACCUGAAUGUACUUCUCGCUGAUUUGGACGAGGAGGGCAUCGUGACGUUCUUGCAGCAGCAGCGCGACCUGAGCGCCGACAUCAAGAAGGAGCUCGAAAGUUCCCUGCGGCGGCUCCGACAUGAGGCUCACUCGCUACUCGACCUCUCUGCUAAACUCACUAACAAAAGUCGUCCGGAGUGCAAGAUGCUGGAGUCGAGUCAGGUGCAGAUCACGGAGCUCGUCGAGGACCUAGAUUCGAGACAGAAAAAUUGUGAGAACUGCGAGUUGCAUAGAAAGAACAUGGAAGAAGCGAUGGCGGAGUGUCUGCAGAGAGAGAAUUUGCUUCGCGCGGACUUAGAAGCUGCGAUGAUCAAGAUCGCUCAGCUCAUGACUAGCGCCGAUGUUAUCGCCGAAGGGUACGGCACGGGUCCGUGCCCGGAGGAGCCUCGCGCGCGUGCGCGGGGCGGGGCCGGGGGUGGGGGCGGGGGCGCGCUGUCGCUGGACGCGCUGGGCUCGCCGCGCCUGCAGCGCCUGGCGCACGACCUGGACGCGCUGCAGCGGGAGCGGGAUGACUUCCAGCAGCAGCUGGAGGCGGCGAACCGUCAGCUGCGCUCGACGCGCCAGUUCGUGGAGGAGCAGGCGGCCGAGCGCGAGGCCGAGCGCGACGAGUUCGCGCGCCGCCUCGCCGACCUGCGCCACGACAACACGCGCCUCGCCGCGCGCCUGCACUCCAGCGCCAGGAUACUCACAGAGGUCGAACAGCUAGAAGCCCAAACCCGUGAAAUGAAUCAAAUCAUCUCUGAAUUGGAAGCCCGCAAAAUUUCCACCGACGAAGAACUAAAAGCAUCAGAAGAGAAGAUAUCAUUACUAAGAGAUAUUAUCGCCAAUCUCGAAUCUCAACUCGAACAGAAAACGACCCACGAACAUGAGAUUCUAGAACAACUCGAACAGAUGAAGAAAACAAUAGAUGAAAGGGAUAGCAAAAUGAGGAAUUUGUUGGUAGAACUAGAGUCUAUGAAGAGUGAGAAACUAGAUCAGAGUGAUGUGAUGUGCGUUAAGUGUGGACAAGAGGAGGAGAAGACCGCUGAACUUUUGCAAAGAGUUAAAGAGCAGUGUCGAUAUCUGGAAGAACAAAUCCACCGGCGCACGCGCAAGUUGGAAAGGCUACACGAAGUUUGUUCAACCAGUUGCAGUGAGCCGAGUGAAGAUGUAUCGCUCAGGGAUCAGAGAGACACACAUUUGGAGGCGAAGUCCCCCGACACCGAGCCAUCCCCACGUUUCUCGGAACACUUGUCAGAGUUGGCUGGCAUUUGGGAGUGUCUGCAAGCUCACUCACGCGCUGUGGAUGCUGCGCUUAAGAGAGUCGCCGAUCUCGAGAUGCAAAGGUCACAGUUAAAAGAUAUUGCUCAGUUAUCACAAACGUAUCUAUGCAUUGAGUAUCGUCGCACAUCUACAACUCCCUUAGCCCGCGCGCGCUGUCUGCCUUCAGUCUCUCCCGAUGCUUCAGAGCGUGUUCUGCUGCCGUAA